UUUUUUUUAAAUUCCGUUUUUGUGUUCAAAUUUUGUUAUAAUACUGACCCUUGAGACAGCGGGAGAAAAGAGAAGUUUAUUGUUUAGAACUAUUGAAGUGGGCUUUUGUUGAAUAUCCUAUCUAGCUUAGUGCGAAAUAAAAAAUAGUGGAGUUUCUUUGUUUAGUGCUGGAACUGCCGGCGCUAAUUUGAAUAUAAAACAACUAGAUAGGAGACGAGUGCAGUGCGAGACCGAGAGGCUUAGAAAGAUAGAGUAGCGAGCAGCAGAGAAUCCGAGCGCUGACUAGAGAUGGACCGAGCACCGGCGCACGGGGCAGGGCCCAGCAACAGAUAUCCCAUGGGUGUGAACACCGAAUUCACAGUCCCCAACAGAUUCCAGCAUCUGACGCCACUCGCACUCGGUGCUCAAGGUGCUGUGUGUGCUGCGUAUGACACCGUAACGGGACAGCAUGUAGCAAUCAAAAAACUACUCCGAACAUUCCAAGAUCCAGUCAAUGCUAAGCGAGCCUACCGGGAAAUGAGACUGAUGCGAUUGGUUGAGCAUCCAUUCAUCAUUAAGCUGCUGCACGCUUUUUCGCCACAAAAUUCGGUCGAAUCAUUCCGCGAUAUCUACCUGUUUACCGAGCUGAUGGACAGCACCCUGAACAAUGUGAGAACUUCUACGGCCGAUCACGAACGAGUAUCCUUUCUGGUCUACCAGCUGGUGAGUGCCAUCAGGCACCUUCACAGGCUCGGCAUUAUUCAUCGUGACCUGAAACCGACCAACAUCGUCGUGCGACAGGAUUGCACACUGAGAAUUCUUGACUUUGGCUUAGCUCGAAGUUUUGAGACUAACUUUAUGAUGACCCAGUACGUGGUUACGCGACACUACCGAGCACCCGAAGUCCUGCUGAAUUUGGACUACGAUACCGGUGUGGAUAUGUGGGCCGUCGGAUGUAUGUUUGCGGGGCUCAUCACUGGAGAAGUUUUCUUGCCAGGAACCGACUAUGUGGACCAGUGGAAUCGAAUAAUCAAGACCAUUGGAACUCCCUCGGACAGUUUCCUUGCUCGAACCAGUAAGUCAACACAAAAGUACAUGAGCGGAUUGUCCUUUUACCCUCCAGCUGACUUUGCAAAGCUUUUUCCGGAUGAUGCUUUUCAUAAAGGAGUCCCUCGCUUUAAAGUACUGACUAAUGACAAUGCUCGCGAUUUGCUAAAGCGGAUGCUAACUAUCGACCCGCUCGAACGAAUAACGGUAGACGAAGCACUGGCUCAUCCCUACCUAAAGGAAUGGAUACGGGAUGAUGAGUUAGCAAACCAGGCAGAGUUUCCGUACGAUCACAGUCUCGAUGAUAAGAUGUUAUCCAUGGAUGAGUGGAGAAAGCUACUGUUCAGAGAGGUUAAGGAAAUUCAGAACGCUACGUUUCCAGUUUAACUGAAAGGAAAUCGCCGUAGCUAAUCGUUCUUCUUUUGUUUGUUAAAGAAAGGUUCCCAUAGAUUUUACUUGUUACUAUGUAUGUUAGCGUCGUGGAAGUAAAUGAACGUCUGUCAGCUGGCAAGGAUAAUGGCAAGACCGGUGGCAUGCUGCUAGCUUGCACUAUGAUUGAUGUUAUU